AUGAACUUGUACCAGGUCUUAGAUAUUCAUUCCAGUGCAACAGAUAAAGAGAUAAAAAUGGCGUAUCACAGACAGGUAAAGAAAUACAAUCCUAACAAGGACGCGAGUAAUCACGCCAUGUUUACCGAUGUUAUAUUUGCGUAUUCUAUUCUGAGCAACGGGAGCACGAAAUUUGUGUAUGAUAUGCUUGGACCGGAGUGCCUCGAAUACCUAAAGACACAGACAACACUCAGAGUCAUAUGUGCUAUUGUUAAUCCGACAAAUGUGUUUUUGGUAUUCGUGGCAAUGUUUAUCAUUGUAUCGACACUUGUAUUGGCUACAGUAGGAUUCUAUUUUAUGUUAUAUAAGGAUGUCCGCCUGUUCAUUACCGGUAUAUUCAUGAAUAUUGCACUUUUUAUGCUUGAUCUGGAUUUAAUAGCACUGCGAAUUUUUCUCAAAUUCCGUAAUUCCAGUUCUCGAUUCAACAAAUCUUGGUUGAUGGGAGUAAUCAUCCUCGAAAUCCUUGUCCUAUUGCAGUGUCUUUUACUGUUAUUCAGAAUAGAUUUUCAGUGGGAUAUAAACAUUGUUCUUGUGUGUAUACCAUACAUCUUGAUGGAGAUAGCGAUAUGUGGAUCCCUUGUAGCUACAGGGGGAUGGCCUCUGUUGGUUCAUGUACUACCGUUUAUGUUUAGGAUGACAGUGUUACUGCUAUGGUUUACCGACUUUCCAGCCAUUAUAAAUGUACUAGUAGUGAUUUUGAUAUUUGCACAGUACCUGAUCAUGAAUUACAUAGGGUUUGUCGUGUUUGUAAGCCUCAUCUCAUUCUACAUGUUGCUCGUUGCACCAUUUGUGAUGAUAUAUUAUGAUAUGGUUGGAUGGUAUACUUUUAUACCGACCGGUGUAUUCGUGUUUUUGUUUGUUGCGGUGUUUGUUAGCGGGGAAGCAAUUCGCAGGCGCAGACACUUUUAUAAACGGCUUUCUGAGUGUGUCACAACAACAAAUUAUUUGAAAGGAGAAAGUAUAAAUAGUAAAUAA